AUGUCAUUGGGUAUCCCAACUGCUGAAUUCCUGGCGUCGGUGCGCGAUGCGCUGGGGCGCGAGGCAGUGCCGCCGGAGACUCCUUAUCUGCAUCUCACCGAGGAUGUCGCGGCCCUGGAAUCGCAGGCUGUUGAGAUUCGCCAGCGCAUCGCCGAAGAAUUGCCGGCGCUGAUGAAUUGUUUGGCGACCACUGCCGAACUCCGGGGCUGGAAUGUCCGGCGAGCCGCUGGGGGGGAAGAUGCGGUGGAUUAUGUUGUGUCGUUGGCACAAAGUCUCGGGAUCGACUCGGCCGCGCGCUCGGAGCAAUCGGUGUUUGACAGCGUGCCGGUUGACGGCGCGUUGGCCGGCGUCGGGGUGUUGUGCUGGCCGGCGGUGUAUCCGUCUGAGUCAGACCGCGAUUCAGUGCGCCGGCGUCUGUCCGAAACGGGCAUGGGCAUCACCGGGGCCGACUACGCCAUCGCUGAAACCGGAUCGGUGAUCGUGCUGCCUCGCCGGGGGUUGAGCCGGCUGGUGUCAGUGGUGCCGCCGGUGCACGUCGCCAUCGUCAGACCCCAGGAUGUGCUGGGCACGCUGGACGACCUGUUCGCGCUGCGACGCCUGGAGUAUCACGGCAACGAGGGUGAGAUGGGCAGUUAUCUGAAUUUCAUCACCGGGCCGAGCCGGACGGCGGACAUUGAAUCGACCAUUGUCGUGGGCGUGCACGGGCCGCGGGAAGUUCACCUGGUAUUACUGGACACGGAGCAGGCGGACAAGGAGUAA